CCUCAUGCAGUCACCCAGCUCUAUGUGGCAGGGAGGGACAUCACGGAGCACCUCAUCCAACUCCUCUUUCCGAGAGCAUGUAUUUUUCCUCGCACACUGAACAAGGCCUUGGUGAAUGAUAUUAAAGAGAAGCUGUGUUAUGUUUCUUUGGAGCCAGAGAAAGAGCUAUGCAAGCCACCUAAGGAAGUCUUUCGAGAAUACAGACUUCCCGAUGGGAAUGUCAUCCACAUUGACCACCAAUUAUACCAAGCACCAGAGGUUCUCUUUGCACCUGACCAGCUAGGCAGCCAGAGUCCAGGACUCUCAACAAUGGUCUCCAGCAGCAUUAUGAAGUGUCCUGGUGAUAUACAGAAGAACGUUUUUGCAGACAUUGUACUCUGUGGGGGAACCACACUUAUUCCUGGACUGAAGGAAAGGCUCACAAAAGAACUAGAUCAACAGGUUUCCAAAGGAACACCCAUCAAGAUCAUGACUUCUCAAGAUAGAUGUUUUUCUGCAUGGAUUGGUGCAUCCAUAAUGACCUCUGUAAGCUCUUUCAAGCAGAUGUGGGUCACUUCUGAAGAUUUCAAGGAGUUUGGUGCAUCUGUAGUUCAGAGAAGAUGCUUUUAA